UUAUGGUUCUUCACUUUGAGAAUUUUUACGGAGUUUUCUACAUUGUUCGUAGAUUUGAUUUUUUUUAAGAUAUAAUACAGUAAAAAAAUUGUCUAAAUUAUACAACUAUCCAGUAAAUGUGUAAAAAAGAAAGAUAAUUAAAAAUCGAUAUCUACCUAAAACGCACAUUUGUAAAAUACUGAACAAUUUUUCGCAGUAUGGAUCAACGUUUUCGUAAUGGAGGAAAUAACAACAACGGCGGUCGUGGUACUUAUCGCCGUUACAGUCGUUCUCGCUCAAGAUCAAGAGAACGUGGUCGGGAACAAAACUAUCGCAUGAAUCGACGUAAUUCUCGAUCGCGUUCACGUGAACGUGGUGGUUACAGAUAUGACAAUAACAACGAUAACGAUCUGUAUCGUGAUAUAAUCAAUCAAGACUAUCAGGAUGAUAGAAACUCGGGUGGUAAUUCACGGGGAAAUAGUAAAUUUUGUUCUCGUGGAAAUGAGGAUGAUUACUAUGAUGCCGAGGAACGCUACUACAAUGACAGAUCAAGAAAUCGUGAUCGUGAUUAUGACAAUCGAGAUAGAAGAGAUCGUGAUGGAGGCGGUGAUAGGGAUAAUAAAAAUUAUGGAGGUUCAAGAGGUGGCAAUGGCAAUAACAGUAACAAUAACAAUCGUCGUUAUAACACCGACGACCGUGACAGCGAUGAAAGUGACGAGACAAUGAGUGCCCAAUAUUAUAGCAGUCAAAAUCAAAAGCCCUCAAACACCAUCAUUGUAUUUGGUCUGCAACCACAUAUCACCGAGGCAGAUAUCAUGAGCUUAUUGAUUAAAGCAGAAAUGGCCCCAGCCGCUAUACGCCUCAUACGUAAACGUACAACAGGUGCAUCACGUGGUUUUGCAUUCGUCGAGUUUAAUACGACUAAAGAAGCAGCACACUGGAUGGAGUAUACUCAGGGUAUUUUGCAACUGAACGAAACAUGUCGUGCUACAUUGCAAUAUAGUCUUCUAAAGGAUUGGCAUUGUGGCAAGUGUGGUCUUUUUAAUUUCAAACGUCGUGGAAAUUGCUUCAGAUGUCAUGCUUCGCGCGAUGAAGGCGAACAAUCUGGCUCAGUUGAUGAUGAAGAUAUGUCGCUUGGCCAUAACUCAAAAGAUAGCAAUUCAAAGCGCAGCGAAUGGUAUUGUGGCAAGUGCAACGUCUUUAACUUCCGACGCCGCGACAGUUGUUACAAAUGCCUUGCCUCACGUGGCGACAGUUCAUACGGCGAGGGCAGCGAUGAAAUAAGCAACAUUCUUACCAAAAAAAUUAUGUUACGUAAUUUGGAUGUGCUGACCAAUGAGGAGGGGGUUUUAACAGCCAUCACAAAACAUGCACCUGAUUUGGCCAAGAAAAUAACCAAGGUUCUUGUGUCGCGUGAUGCCCUUACACAAACAUCACGGGGAAUAUGCUAUCUAAAUUUUGAUACAUUGGUCGAUUCCAUGAAUAUGCACAAUUUGUUGAGUACAUUGGAACCGCCUCUAACAAUUGACGAAAAAGAGGUUCUUGUAACAUAUUGUGUGGAUCAUGAAAAUCGCCAGAUUGUACCUAAAAAGAAAACCGAAUCAUCAGACGGCUCAGGGGGAAAAUCUUCGCAGUCAGUGAUUGGACCAAUGACCGCUGCUGAGAGUAAUGCGGCAGCAUCUCUUUCCUCGGUGGCAGCUCAAUAUACGCUGGAUGAUGUACCACGUUUAGCUGAAUAUAGUGCUUCCCUCUAUGCUACAACACCAGCAGAACAUGCUCAAUAUUUACAAUAUUAUACUGAAUAUUAUAUGUCCGAAAUUAGUAGUGGCUGUUAUUCGAAUUUGCCGACCGAUGGUCAGGUUACCGAAGCAAAUUCCGGAGCUGCUGUUGCUCUUUCGGCCAUUAAGAGAAAACAGGCCAAAAUGAAUAGCAUUGAAACAACGGCAACAGCUGCGGCGGCGGCUGCCGCGGCUGCAGCAGCAGCUGCUGCCUCUGCCCUACGACCGGCAGUGGUAACACCAAAAGGCAAUGAUGGCAAAAUAUAUCCCACUCCCGAUGUAUCACUAUAUCAAUAUGAUGAAACCUCUGGUUAUUAUUACGAUCCCACAACUGGAUUAUAUUAUGAUGCUCAUUCCCAAUACUAUUACAAUAACGAAACUGGAGCCUAUCUAUAUUGGGAUCAACGUAAAAGUACCUAUACACUGGCAACACCUGCUGCAGUAACGGCCUCCGUACAGGCCGCAGUUCAGCAAGAAACUGAAGCUAAUACUUCAAAUUCGGCUUCAACCGCUACCGCCGAUGAAGGCGAAACCAAGAAAGAGAAAAAAGAAGGCAGCGGCAACAAACACGAUAAGGUAAAAGUCGCCAAAAAGAUUGUAAAAGACAUGGAGAAAUGGGCCAAACAGUUGAAUCAAAAGAAGGAUUAUGUACCCAUAGCCCCGCCCCAGCCAACACAAACUUCCAUUGAUGCUGCCAGAACAUCAACAAGUUCCGGCGGUAGUGGCAGUGGUUAUGCCGAUGUGGGUUUCUCCAUAUUAGAAAAGAAGGCCAGCAACAAGUUGUCACCUAAUUUUAUGUCACCUAUGACACUGAGUGCACCAAACAAACUUAUACCAGCAUAUGGUUCCGAUUCGGAAGAGGAUGUACCGCCUACAAUGUCACAUAAGGGCCCUUCUGCAGUGGGAGAGGCGAGCGAAAAGGAUUAUGUUGAUUUCCAAAAACUUACAUGUUUACUAUGUAAAAGAGCAUUCCAAUCGUUGGAAAUCCUGCAGAAACAUUUAAAAAUGUCCAAUUUACAUAAGGAGAAUUUGGCUAAAUUGAAUUCAUCGAGGGGUGCGGGAGGUGGCGGUGGUGCCGGAAGUUCAAUGCACAUGGAUGGUGAUAAGGAUUCAUUGGCAGCGGCUUUGUCUUAUCGAGAUCGAGCCAAAGAAAGAAGACAAAAGUAUGGUGAAUAUGAUCCACCACCACCAAAUCCCAGCAGAGAAUUCUUUGAAAAAGAAAUAAAAAGUUUAACGUCGCGUACAUCGGAAGCAGCCCCCGUUAUGCCAAUUGGUUCGAACAACGUAGGCAAUCGGCUGUUGCAGAAAAUGGGUUGGUCCGAAGGCCAGGGGUUGGGUCGCAAAAAUCAAGGGCGAACAAAUAUUAUUGAGGCGAAUACCCGUAAUUCAACAGCUGGUUUAGGUGUUCAUUCAGGUGCCGGACCCAAUGAUGAUUACAAGACUUAUAUAAAGAAAAUGAUGAAAUCGCGUUAUGAAUCCGUAUGAACCUGCCUUUGCCCAUCCGUACAAUGUUUUAUACUGUAUCUCAAGAUAUCACCAUCAAUUUUUUUAUUGAUUUUAUUUGUUUUAUUUCUUCACGUAAGCUCUAAUAACAAUUAUGUAGUGUCGUAGUCUUUAGUUUGUUUUAAAACAUCUAAAUUUCUUCCUAGAACAAAAUCUUAGAAUAAUUUUCUUGAAUAUAAUAUUCAAUAAAAUCCCUGAAUUAUAAAAUUAUAGUUAUUUACUACACGUAUAGAUAAAUACAAAUAUUUGUAACAUUUCAGUCAAUUGCAACAAAUUUUAAUAAAAUUGACAUUAAAAAGUA